GGUAACAUGUUUUCAGUAAAGGUUUAAGCCCCAAGAACUAUGGCUCCGAGACGUGUUGUUAAGAGUUUAUUGUCUCAGAGUAUGAAUAAACUAGUUUUAUCUAUCCAGGAGAUGAUUGACAAGGAGAGAAGCCUGUACUAUAUACACCAUGAGCAAACCAACCAUGUCACCGAGUUUAUCCGACAAGAGGUGAAGGAUCAAAUGAAGAUUUUUCUGUGUGAAACCCUUCCAUCAGAUUUGCAAACUAAACUCAUCUCUGAGCUUAUUUAUCUCAAUAGUUUAGCUUCUCCUCAUCUCGUUCUUGAUUUACUUUUUACAGAAAGAUUAAGAAAAUUUACAUUCGAGUUGACCAAGAAGAGUUGGAUGGCUGGAGGUAAUGAGUUGAUACGAGUUAGUGAGGAGGAUAUCUCCAGGUGUUUAAAUACACUGGACUCUGUGCUAGGAGAGCUAGGUGGAGAAAACCUUUCCCUGGAACAGUUCUAUAUCAUUGAUAAAUCCCAGGAUCCAGAUUUCCAGGGGGAUCCCAUCAACAACAUGACCAACACCAAUCUCAGCGUUGACAACAAGGUUGGGGACUGGGCUGGGAUCAUGACCAGGCUCAGCAGCCUUUCCGGUCACCUCUCCCUAGCUCCAAACCUGACUCAUGUAGUUCUUCCUUUCGCCUCAGAUCAGAUCCUAGAAUAUAUCUCCAGAAUUGCGAACCUGAUCCUGUUCCAGAAUGUAUACCGGAGCACUGUAACCGAGCUGGGUAUCCUGGCUAUAGCUGAGGGUAGAUGUAGGUUCAGUUUAACUCAUAUAGUUCUCUGCCUCAAUACUCAUGCUAAUGUUCCGUCCUACUGUGUAUCCCGGCUCCUGUUGGCAGCAACCAGACUCAGGGUUCUAGAGUUCGGGGGUUCUUGUCAUACAAAAUCUUUAUACUUUCAGGGUGGAGAUGCGAAGCGUCGACAUGAGAUCUUUAACGUAGUCUCAAGACUAGGGGAAGACGACAAAUCCUACACCAACUCCCUGGUCCGUAUGCUCAUUUUCAGGGAGGGGAACCUUCCCGUCUCAUUCCAAACCAUCCUCAACCAUUCUCCGCUCCUCUCAGACUUAACCUUGUUCGGUUGGGAGACCAUAAAGGUUAAUCAAUUAUCCUGGAUGGAGCUGAGUAGGAACCUUGUUACCCUGGAGCUGAUUGGGAUAGGUUUCAAUACCGACGAGGUUCUAAACCGUAAUUUAUCCCAGAAAUUUGACUGUUCUCUGUUCUCAGAAGCAUUGAGCUUGAAAACCCUGAAGAUUGCAGGUUGGGGGGAUACUCAGGUCCCCCUGGAUACACUACUCCGAACCCUACCCAAGCUGCGGUGUCUAUACCUGGAGGAUAUAAAGGUUUCUUUUGAUAUCAAGUUUCAGGGUCGGAGAUGCUUUUUUAAACACGAUCUCUCCUCUCUCUGUAUCUUCCACUGCAGUACCUCGAACCUAAACCUGAUCCAGGUUCUGUGUUCAGCUCUACCCCUACUCAAGGAGCUGACCGUAUCCUCUCUUUACCUGGAUGAUCCGAAUAGAGGACUUCCUUUCCAUUUCCAUAUGCCGGGACAGGUAGGAGUUAUCAAAGAGCUGGGACAAUCUCCCAGGAGCCCAGUUGCAGAUCUCCAGGUUAUAGCAGAGCUAGAAUACCUGGAAACUCUACACCUCAACGUGACCUAUCCUUCCGAGCACCUGGAGCACGACUUUAAUCUACCUGUCUUGCUUAUCCGUAAGUUUCCUCGGUUGACCCAUCUCUACCUGGAUAAUUAUAUAAGCAGACGCGGCAGUGUGCUCAGCUAUACUUUUGACAGGAAAACUUCGAAUAAUCGUCUUCAGUGGUUUCUUGAUCAAUACAAUAGAAAUAUUAGUGUACUUCUCAACUAGCUUAAGAGUAAAAUUUGUUAAGUUUAUGUACAGUAUCAAGUGACAACUCUGCUUUGCAGUACAUUUUAGUGACGUAAUGUCUAGUUUAUUUUGACUACAGUUCAGUACCUGUACAGUUGUUUAACUGACUAUUCUUAUUUGGAGACAAAAUUCAUUCAGAACGAUCAAUUUCUCAUUUAAAAUAAAUAAAAUUUUAUUCAGAUUAGUUUUAUUAAACCUGAUGUUUUGUUAGAAUAAAUAUAAUUUUAAAGAUA